GCCAUCUUUCAGAUCCAAGAAACUUAUAAUUAUAGGUGAAGACACAGACAGGUAGAGCCUCAACAAACAAGGUUUGCUAGACGUCGGCCGCAAAUGGCCACCUUUUUAGCUUUUUGAGCAAGUAAGGGAGGGAUUUACGGUGUGGUUAAAGCUCAUAUGACCUGGCGCUUAAAGUGCAGUCAGGAAGAAAUACUUUUGGAGCAGUGAAUGAUCGACGAGCAUCCACAAAAUACACGGACUCUCAGCAAAGGAUGAUGUUGUUGUAACAAUUUAGGUUUUGUUGUUUCUCGGGCGAUGAGUGAAAUGUGCAAGUGUCGAGGUGAAUUACAAUUUGAUAUUUCAUGAUAAGUACUUGGUACUGAUGAAAGUGAUGAAACACCGAAAAGAACCAGGCCAUGCUGGCGUCGGGUCGGCGCUGCAAGCAACGGGCUGAUGCGUUACGCUGGAGUUUAGUUUGAUCAAUGCAUUGGUCCGCUUGGUGUUGACACUUGAAAAUCAAGUUGAUUAAAACAUCAUAGUCCGGAAAGCCCUUCAGCUUCCAGAAAUAUGUCACCACUUGUUUUCUCAUGAGGUGAUCUUCUUUAGACCGUAAGUCAGAAUCCAUAGCAAAACUUAUGGUCUCACCAUGUUGUAGCAAUCGCGUCUUACAUAUUUCUGUUUGCGUCACCCGAAAGAUUUGUUGUGGCUCACUCCUUACUGAGUUUCAUUUGCAAGAGUUUCAGGAUCUCGUCUGUUCCACUGCUAUCCAGAGUUUAAUCGAUAUAUUUAGCAGACCUCUUUGGAAUACUUCCUAGAAUGAUCAAAGUAGUACUAAAAACGAUUUUAUCAAAUGGACGAAUUCAUUUCGAUUUGAUGAUUAGAAUGGCGUCACUCGUCCUGCAGAUAACUUUGACUUGGAUUAUCAAAAUAAUUGCGUUUAAACAUUUAUCGGACAACUUUGAAGCAUGCUCAUCCAGAGCCUUAAAAGCCUUUAGAGUCGCCGUAGGAGCACAGUUGUGUUCCUUAAGAAUGUCAAUCGUCGAUUUCGAUUUGUUUCAUUAAAGAAGUUACAUUGGGCAAAUUGCGAUUUGAAACUAUUUGAAACAUCAGAAGCUUCGAUUGAUAAUAGGCCCAGCGUAAAUUCUCACUCUACCUCAUGCACGCAAUUGUUGAAGGUGCGUGUCCAUUCUUUUGGUUGAUUCCCUUAUCGAACCUUUCUCUACUUUGGAGUAAAUGAUAGUGCAUAUGUAUUGAGCGAUGCAUGCUCAGAUUGGUCUCUCCCGUUAUACUUGUUGCUAAACGGAAGCUGUAGAAAUGUAAAAAGGGAUUGAAAGUAGAACGAUGUUGUUCGUUAAUAAUGCGUUCACGUUUGAUUAACCUGUGUAUUGCUGUCUCAGCUUGAUGUGAAGCAAUAUGACCAAUAGUACUUACCGCAAACGUCUUGAGU